AUGUCUUCGGUUCUGGCAAGGCAGUUUCUAAAGGGAAAUAGAAACAUCUCCAGUGUUCACCAGAAGUUUAUACUCGACUGCGCUAAAGCAAAUAUUGGAGCAUCAAAAUCACACGAUUUAUACAGUCAGAUUGUGGGGGAUUACUCUGAAGUUGGAGCAACUAAACAAGAGAUGUGCCCUGCAUUUGCUUUUGACUACGAGGUUGAUGAAGAUGAGCAGAUGAGCAGACUGUUUUGGGCAGAUCCAAUGUCAAAAAAGAAUUUUGCUGCAUUUAGAGAUGUUGUCUCUUUUGAUGCCACAUACUCAACAAACAUGUACGAUAUGGCAAUGGGUAUGGAACCAAGAAUAAUUGUCACCGAUCAAGAUCCAGCUAUGAAAGUGGCGAUUCCAACAGUUUUCAAGCAAGCCAGGCAUCGUUAUUGCAUGUGGCACAUCAUGUGUAAAGUUGGGGAAAAGGUGGGUCCUACGCUGAACAAGAAUGAGGAAUUUAGGAACAAACUGAACUUAAUCGUUUGGACGUCAUCUUUGGAACCUCCUGAUUUUGAGAAGCAGUGGAGAGAGCUCAUGGAAAAGUACAACUUAGUCGAACACAACUGGUUUAAAACUAUGUUUGAGGCUAGAAAGCAUUGGAUCCCAGCGUAUUUUAGAGAUGGCUUUAUGGGAGGACUACUCAGGACAACUUCUCGUUCCGAAAGUGAGAACUACACGUACAGCCGUUUUACUGGUCCCCAAUCAAGCCUAGUUGAAUUCAUGAUGAACUUUGACAGUGCUCUUAAAUUACAACGUAACACAAAUGCAAAGCUCAACAGUGACAAUGAAGGCUACAAUCCAGAUAUGAAGACGCCUCUGGGGAUUGAAAAGCACGCUUCAAUCGUCUACACCAUUACUGUUUUCUAUCAAGUUCAGGAAGAAAUAUGUGCCUCCUGUUGCAAAUGUAUGGUGUUGAGUGUUAGAGAAGACGGUGGAAACCGAGCCGGGCGGGCCGCGGAGGCGACGUGCGCGGGAUCUCCCCUUAUUUCCUCUCCAUAA